CUUAUUUCCAACGGAACUCUCUGAGAUCGAAUUCCCAGAACUCAACCUCAACUCUAGUCGAUUUUCUUUGCAACUAUUGUUGUUGUUUACAAAUCACUCGCUUGUCAGUACAAUUUACUAGUAUUUUAUUCCACGACAAUCUAGAAAAUUACUGCAACAUCUCUUCAGCUUUUCCGACAAGAAUAACACAAAUAGAAAAUGAAAGCUGCGCCUCACCAACGACUGGUGAUGGUCGGGGAUCGUGAUGGAUUGAAGGAGCUUUUACGAAGACGAUUGGUCGAGUGUGGUUGGAGAGACCAAGUGAAGAUCAUCUGCAAGGACUUGAUCAAAGAGAAUGGUCAUGACAUCACUUAUGACAUUCUCCUAGCUACAGUGACAUCCACAGCCAGAAGUCUUGUGCCAGAUUCAGUGAAGAAGGAAUUGCUUCAGAAAAUAAAGAAUCAACUUCUUGCUCAAGAGGAGAAACUUAAAAUGUGAUUCACAAACUCCUGUUCAACUUAAUUAAUGUAUUAUGUAUUGUUCCUCGUUGUCUUUCGAUGAAUGGAGAUUAUUGUUUACCUUGAUUAAUCACGCCAUGUAAAAAAAACGAUGUGUAAACUGAUGACUGAUAAAUAAUAAUGCGUUUUUUUUAACAGAGAA